UAAUGCGGCGAACAAGAGUGAGAAUUGCGCAAAGGGAUCAGGAUCAGUCGCUUCUUUGAAUUCUCGUACGUCGACAAACAUGUGGAACCGGAAAGUAUUCAUCAGGAUCAUCGAAGUGAUACUGUGCGUUGCAUCUGUAGUGGCGCUUAGAGUGACUAACGAUGAAAGUCGAAGAGUGUUCCAUUACCUGAGAAGUCGUAGCAGAGAAUGGUCUCUGUUGAACAACGUGACAUGGGGUGCCAUUGGCGCUGCUCUAGCAACUGCGACCUGCGGUGGUUACAUAAUAAUAACGACAGGGCUUCUGAUUGCUGCCGCGACAGGGGAGCUUUCUGGUCGAAAGAUGGAAUCGUUCUUUCUGGGACUCGGUGUCGUUCUUUUUGGCAUCGUUGGCGCUUUGUCCAUGGCCUCUAUUGAAAACGUUCCUGAGGACUUGGUAGACAAUGCCGCUGUCUUUGGUGCGCUGUGCUUGUUGACUGCGUUGGUUUUUAUCGCGGACUUGCUUAUUAGUACACCGAAAAAGAAGAUCGAACGGGCCGUGGCGAAACACUUGGCUGCUAAGACCGCUAAAAGUCAAGCAACCAUGUUCACCGAGAAAGAGUCGAAAUCCCCAAAAAUAAGUAGCCCCAAAAUCUCGAAAGAGGACGACGACGGUACUGUUAACGAUGGAUUCGAAAAGCUCGACGAGCAACAUCAAAAGAGCGCAACAGAAUUGUCCGAAAACGCUCGAAAACGGGACCACGAUCGCAGAGACGAUGAAAACGAGCGCUACGUUCGCGGGGAGUCGGAACCGAAAGAGUACACGCAGAACUUCGAAAACGGAAGAGCUCUCAGAAAUUCGCAAAUGCAAACGAACGGGAAAAGGAACUCGUACAAAAUGGACCACAGAAUGGACGUGUCUACGGUAGUGUACAAAGCUCAGGACAUUUAUCAGCGUCCUGUGGACGAAGUGGACACGCCUCGUUUCCCGACCGAAACGAACAACAGGAGCGAAAUUAUGUUCGCGAAAAUUGUCAACCCGGGCGUGAAGAUAAUGAAAGUUGAGCACGAUGUCGAUGAAACUCUCGACACUUACAGAUAUUCCGACACCAGCCAGUACGACAACGUACCUAUUCGGAUGCGAGGAAUGUCGCCGAGUCAGAAAAAGAAUCGCGAUGUCACUUUCAAGAUUCCACCGCCACCGAAGGGUUACGGGAAGGUUUACGACAAAACCAAAGACGAAAUGGAGAUGCUCGAAGAGUGUUUCGGUGUACUUCGAACCACCAGCACGGGAACACAGACACCUGGAAUUCGAUCGCCAUCGUCACCGACUGAUCCCGGAUACGUUCGACACACAGCCAGCAAUUGGCCUCAAGAAACCAAGACGAAAACACCUGGUCACAGUCCCAAUCACACAUUAAAGGCAUAAAACUUUGAUUCGAUAUUAAUUUUCGUAACUCUGCGAUUGGAAUUCGUCUUGCCUCGUUUCUGAAAGACUUAUACGCGCGCUUUUUAAUUGAACGAUUACUAUUCUCACUGCCUUCGAACGUAAAUGCUUGCGGAGAUUAGGAAAACGUUAGCGUGAAUGUAAAACGCGACGUCUAAAGUUUAUUUCAAGAGUGUGUAUUACGUAAAUCU